CGUGAUUUGACAGAAGGCAGCCAAAGCUUUCAAUCCCAAAAGAGAGAACAAAAAGCUGAGAGCUAGUGCUUUGAAGAGUCUUUGAGAGACAGAGCCGUCACCCACUUACUUGUUGGUGUGAAUCUCGUGGUCAUCUCCUCUUCUGCUUCUUCUUGUUCUUCCUUGUGUCAUUUCUUGAUCCAGAGCUUUGCUUGGUUUCUCAGAUUGAUCAGGCAUCAAGAUCAACCUGACAAGUACUUGUGCUCUGCUCCAUUUUCAUAACCCUCAAAGAAAGAAGAGAGGAAUCUACAGCCUUAUCGACAUGGGUCUCUCAAGUCUUCCAGCUCCUUCUGAGGGAAUGCUCUGUGUUCUCAUAGUAAACACCGCCCUGUCCAUCUCCAUCAUCAAAGGCCUCGUCCGCACCAUCCUCCACCUCGUCGGGCUCCGUCUCUCCUGCCUCUCGCCGUCGUUGCCGGACUCUGUCGACGCCCGCGCCUCCGAGUCCUUCGAGUAUAGGAUAUGCCCGUCAGAGAGCUACAUCGAGCAGUUCCGGAACCAGGCCCCGUCCAUCCGGUUCGACGCCGUGUGCGGAGGGCACAAGAGGGAGGACCGUGACUGCUCCGUCUGCCUGACCGAGUUCAUGCCCGAGUCGGAGAUAAGCAAGCUGUCCUGUGGGCAUAUCUUCCACAGGCUGUGCUUGGAGAAGUGGCUGGACUAUUGGAAGAUCACAUGCCCACUUUGUCGGAAGCCUAUGAUGGUGGAAGAGGAGGCUUCUUCCUCAUGCUUCUGGUGAAGCAAUAGAGAGAGGGAGAGAGGGAGAGAGAGAGAGAUUUUUAAGGGGCCGUCGUGUUGCGCAAUGUACAGUCGAUAGUGUGUACAUGUAUUUUCGCAUCAACAGGGGCUUUUGGUGUGCGAUGGGUGCUGCAAAAUGUGGUUAGAUCUUUGAAAACACAAAAGGAGCUUGUGCUGUUGUGGCUGUACAUAUUGAGAAGUUGCUAGUGUUUUUUAUGCAUUGUGAUCUUUUUUUCCAA